AACAUUUUCUGCACAGGACAGAUUGUGAACAACUUCUUUCUUAAGGAGAGAAUGUUUAAAUUUCACCAAGUGAAACAUAUUUUUGAUACACUAGAUAAAAUGCGAUGCCUGCGAAAACGUUCUACGGUCUCAUUCUUGGGAGUUCUUGUCAUUUUCCUUCUGUUUAUGAACUUGUACAUUGAAGAUAGCUACGUUAUGGAAGGAGACAAACAACUUGUAAGGGAAACAUCUACACAUCAACUGAAUCCUGAACGCUAUGUGCAUACUUUCAAAGAUUUAUCUAAUUUCUCAGGAGCCAUCAAUGUCACCUAUCGCUUCUUAGCUGUCAUGCCUUUACAAAGAAAGCGGUUUCUUACAAUUGGACUUUCAUCAGUGAGACGAAAAAAAGGAAAUUAUUUACUUGAGACAAUCAAGUCAAUUUUUGAGCAAUCCAGCUACGAAGAGUUGAAGGAAAUUUCAGUGGUGGUUCAUCUAGCUGACUUUAAUUCAUCCUGGCGUGAGGUCAUGUUACAGGAUAUUACACAGAAAUUUGCCCACCAUAUUAUUGCAGGAAGAUUAAUGGUUAUACAUGCUCCAGAGGAAUAUUACCCAAUCCUGAGUGGCCUUAAAAGAAAUUACAAUGAUCCAGAAGACAGAGUGAGAUUUCGUUCCAAGCAAAAUGUAGAUUAUGCUUUUUUGCUUAAUUUUUGUGCCAAUAUUUCAGACUAUUAUGUAAUGCUUGAAGAUGAUGUUCGUUGUUCAAAAAAUUUCUUUACUGCCAUCAAGAAAGUCAUUACAUCCCUAGAAGGAACUUACUGGGUAACCCUUGAGUUCUCUAAGCUUGGCUAUAUUGGAAAACUUUAUCAUUCUCAUGAUCUCCCACGUUUGGCGCAUUUUUUAUUAAUGUUUUAUCAAGAAAUGCCUUGUGAUUGGCUACUGACUCAUUUCCGCGGUCUGUUGGCUCAGAAAAAUGUGAUUCGUUUUAAACCAUCUCUCUUUCAGCACAUGGGUUAUUACUCAUCAUAUAAAGGAACUGAGAAUAAGCUGAAAGAUGAUGAUUUUGAAGAGGAGCCAUUUGAUAUCCCAGAUAACCCUCCUGCAAGUCUAUAUACCAACAUGAGUGUUUUUGAAAAUUAUGAUGCAAGCAAGGCUUAUAGUAGUGUUGAUGAAUACUUUUGGGGAAAAUCACCAUCAACAGGAGAUGUCUUUGUGAUUAUAUUUGAAAAUCCGAUUGUAAUCAAAAGAAUUAAAGUGAAUACUGGAACAGAAGAUCGACAAAAUGACAUUUUGCAUCAUGGAGCCCUAGAUGUUGGAGGAGAUAUUAGAUAUUUUAAACAAAAUAGACAAUGUGUUACUUACAUAAGACUAGGGGAAUUCAAAAAUGGAAACUUUGAAGUAUCUGAUGUAAAUCAAAAAAUUCAAUUUGAUAUACAUUGUAUGAGGAUAUAUGUUACCAAAACACAAAAAGAAUGGCUGAUUAUUAGGAGUAUUAGCAUUUGGACUUCUUAGCCAAUUAAAUCAAUAUGUCCAGUUACUGAAGCAGGUCUUCCUGUUUCCUUUUUGACUACCUUCCUCUUUUGCUCCCUUUAUCCUCUGGAGGGAAAACAAUGGAUCAGAUGUUGAAAAACUCAUUUUGGCAGUUUUGAUUUACACAUUGUCAGCAUACUUUUACUCUAAUACACACUAUUUAUUUUAACUUCUGAAAUUUAUCAGUUCACAGUUAAUGCUACUUUUGUUUAUGUUUUAAUGUUAUCAUAUUACUUUCAGAAUUUCAUCUGAAUGUCAAAAAGUGACACGAAGGAUUUCAAAUGAGAAAAUGUAGUUUGUUGG